UUCACUGGCAUGCCGAGAGUGACAACUUCCAUGCCAAUGCAGACCAUAUGUCCCUACUGUGGGAAUCACAUCAUCACAGUGACAACUCCUGUCCCUGGCAUCCUCACCUGGCUGCUAUGUAGUGGCCUCUUUGUAUUUGGGUGCUUCCUGGGCUGCUGCUUACUCCCCUUCUGUGUGCGGAGCUUCAUGGAUGUGAGCCACUCCUGUCCCGUGUGCCAGCAGGAGCUUUUCCACCACCGCCGCCUGUGA